CUAUGUAAUACAAUCCCUUACCCAGCUGCGACCUUCCUUCACACUCUAAAACUAGUGCCAGAUUUCUUCGUCGGAGAGGCUUAACGGCGGCGAGAAAACGAGCUAAUAUCUAGUUAAAAAAAUGUUCCGCAACCAGUACGAUACGGAUGUCACGACAUGGUCCCCGGCGGGACGGCUGUUCCAGGUGGAGUACGCGAUGGAGGCGGUGAAGCAAGGCUCCGCCGCAAUCGGACUCCGAUCCAAGACCCACGUGGUCCUCGCCUGCGUCAACAAGGCUCAGUCCGAGCUCUCUUCCCAUCAGCGGAAGAUCUUCAAGGUCGACGACCACAUCGGCGUUGCGAUUGCUGGGCUCACCGCCGACGGGCGAGUUCUCUCCCGGUACAUGCGAUCCGAGUGCAUCAAUUACAGCUUCACCUACGAGUCCCCUCUCCCCGUCGGCCGUCUCGUCGUUCAGCUCGCUGAUAAAGCUCAGGUUUGCACCCAGAGGUCCUGGAAGCGGCCAUAUGGCGUGGGCCUCCUAGUAGCAGGGUUAGAUGAAUCGGGAGCACAUCUCUACUACAACUGCCCUAGCGGAAACUACUUCGAGUACCAGGCUUUUGCCAUCGGAUCCCGCUCUCAAGCUGCCAAAACCUACUUGGAGCGUAGGUUCGAGAGUUUCAAUGAUUCAUCCCGAGACGAGCUUGUAAAGGAUGCUCUUAUCGCAGUCAGAGAAACUCUACAGGGAGAGACCCUCAAGAGCUCCAUCUGCACGGUUGCCGUGGUGGGAAUCAACGAGGACGGAACUAACGAGCCUUUCCAUAUUCUCGAUCAGGAUGCUGUCCAGAAGCUGAUCGAUGCUUUCGAGAUCGUGAAAGAGCCCGCAACGGAGGCUCCUGCCGCUGCUGAACCCGAGGGUGCUGAUGGGGCUGGUGCUAGUGAUGCGGCGCAGGAUCCUCCUGCUCCAGCGGCCGCUGAUGAAGGGGCAGCUCCGAUGGAGAUAUGAUGAAGAUGCGAUGUUGUAGGUGAUGGUGGAUCUUUUUAGCGAUGGCUUCUGCAGGGAUUUGGUCGAGAAUGAGCGUGCCGUCUGUGUGCGCAAGUGGGUAGUAGACUUUUUGUUUGUGGAUCUUUUGAUCAAGUUUGUGAACUGAGUUAUUUGGUGCAGACAAUUGAAUGCUUCUUGAGAUCUAUCAAACAGUUUACUUUUGGUACACCUGAAUAUUGGAAUCAGUAGUAACCUUGAUUAUGAUCAUCACGAAACUGCCACGUUGCAGAUUAAAGGCGAG